UAAUGUUAGCAAAAUAUGAUAAAACAAUAAUGUUGAAUUGUGGUUUAGACAUGACAUAUUAGGACAAUAGCAGAUUUCCUGAUUUUUCAGUUUGAAGAAAUUUUAUCUAAAUAGUUAAUUGAGAAAAAAUUGGGAAUUAAAUUUGUUGAAUCGGUUUAAUCACACAUUAUCAUCUUGAUCAUUGUGGUAAAUUUCUAUUCUUCGCAGGAUUAUAUGGUUUUUUAAUUAUGAUUAUUUAGGUAAAGGUUAUAAUGGACCUGUAGUAAUGUCCAGCCAAAGCAUUGUUAUUAUACAUUUUAGAAGAAUAUAGAAGAGUAAUCUAUUAAUAUUAACUCAAUAGAUUUGGAUGACGCCAAAAGAAAUUAAGAAUUCAAAUUAAAAUCUAAAUAAGAUUUUAUUAUCAAUUCAUAAAUUAACACUGAUCUAUUAUUAAUUUAUGAUCAUAAAAAUAUCAAAAAAUGCUUAGAUAAAGUUUAAGUUAUAAGGCUUUAUGAAACCAAAAAUUUUGAUGUGA